AGUGAGUGGGGCUUCACCACCGGCACUGAAACCCCAAUGUGGUUUCUCGGAGGCGGUGACAGGAGGAUGGGAAGGUUUGGGAGAGCAGCCAGCUCUGGGCUGGGCUAGGACAGCCCUUCAGCCCUCCUCCUCCUCCUCCUCCCGAGCUGUAGGAGCGUUGAAGUCACGCUGCUCCGUCUCAUUUGCCCGUGGGCAGCUGUGGGAGCUGCUGGUCCCGGGGUGGUCGAGCCUUGCCCGGUGUCGUCUUCGUCCCCCUCGAGCUCUGCCCGUCUCUCCGCAGCCCGAAAAGGAUGCUCGGAGCAUCCCUCUGGCUCUGGAUCCCACUGGUGCUGCUGGGCACGGGAGCUGCAGCACCGCAGGUUAGGAAGGACAAGGUGGAUCUUUUAGACCCAGGCAGAGGAAGGGAGGAGUUUUACCAAGUCCAAGACACCAAUCUCUAUUGCAAGAAGUGCCCAGCAGGCACCCACGUAGCAGAGCACUGUCAAGAGCAAAACAGCUCCAGCAAGUGUUCGCCGUGUGCGGGAGACGAAUACAUCGAAUAUCCAAAUGACUUUUCCAAGUGCAUUGGCUGCAAGACGUGUAGGGCAGAUCAGGUGCAAGUGAGUCCUUGCCAACCCACCCGCAACACACAAUGUGCCUGCAAGAACGGCACCUUCUGCUCCCCGGACCAUCCCUGCGAGAUGUGCCAAAAGUGCCGACCUCGGUGUUCCAAGGAUGAAGUAGAGCUGGCUCCUUGCACGCCACAGAGUGACCGUCAAUGUGGUCCUCCCACCGACACCUUCUCCAGCUUCUCUACCACAUGGGUGGUGAUCGUCGUGGUACUCGUAGCCCUGGUUGUGUUCAUCGCCUUAUUGUACUGCUGCUGUUUUGCAGGACGCAAGAGAGACCUGAGCACUAAGUCGUGUGGCCUGGUGGACUACAUGAUGCGAUUGCUGACAAGGUUCCAGAGCAGGAGAGUGGAGACAGAUGACAACGAUCUCAACCAGCAGAUUGCCCGGGAUCUGCACAGGGGUUCAGCGACUCCCGGUGCUCUGGGGCCAAAGGUGAGUGUGCCAGGGACCUCCUAUCACAGUGGGAAACCGAGGAAGAAUCUGGUUCCAGUGCAAGGAAAAAACUCCAUUCACCUUCUACGACGCUCCUUUGACAUCUUUGCCCAAGAAGUGCCCUACAAGGACUGGAAGAGAUUCGGCCGAGCGCUUGAUCUGCUGGAGAACGACAUUGUCCUUGCGGAGAUGAACGACAAGUAUUCGCUGGAGCCCUUCUUCCAGAUGCUCAACACGUGGCAGAACAGGCAAGGGAUGAACGCCUCCGUAAACACGUUGCUGGAGACCCUGCACCGCAUCAAUCUCGGAGGGAUUGCUGAGGACAUCUCCUCCAAGCUGGUCCAGCAGGGAUAUUUCGAAUACGAAGUGAACUGAGGAGCAAGGCAGGCCCGGCAUCUCGGCACUUCAAGCUAAAACCGUUGUUACCUCAGAAUGCUGCUAGCUUUUCCAGAGGUGCCACAGAAGAGCUGUAGGCGUCCCUGUGGUGGUGUUUUUUAACUGGAUCAUCCUUUUUACGGGGUGUCCCCAGCACCCUGAUCCGGUAGAAGUUCUCUGCCCUUGGCAGAGGGUUUGGAACUGGAUGGACUUGAAGAUCUCUUCCAACCCAAACCAUUAUGUGAUUGUUAUCAUAGUGCAAUGGCUUGUGCUCGUAGAAGAACUCUAAAUAGUGUUACAAACGAUGGACUGGGUUCUUGGGUUUCUGAAAGCUGUUGACUGCAUUUUAGCUGCUUUGCUUGCUGCCAGGAAUCAUUUUAGACUGGACUUUGAGGGAAGGGUGGGAAAGGUCUACCUGUUCUGUCAUCGCUGGGGUUGCCUGAGAGAAAGCUCAGUGGAAGGAGAGGGAGCGGAGCGUGAUAUGGGCAGCAAACUUCCCGGUGAGCCAGGAACAACCUUCUCCAUGACUUUGGUGAAGACAGUUAGUGCCCAUCCCCUUGGCCGUGGGGUGGCUUUGCUGUCUCUUGUCCAACCAGCAUGGAAAUGUGAAUGCACUGAGGGCUGAGCGUGACCGCGGGUACCCCCCAGCCAUCCUCCAACGCUCAGCCCCUUACUCUGGCUCACGGAGCUCAGGGACAACUACUUUUAUUACUUGACUUGGCCACCCCCAGGACCUUCCCCAGGACGGUGGGAGAGGGCGAGGGGCAUCGCCAGCUCCUCGCCACGGCCAGGGCUGUGCUGUGAAGCGCCCAUCCCUCCCACUCGCAUCCAUUCUACUGGAUUCUCAGGCUUAACUUUGUAUUUAAGUAU